UAUCCAUCGGCUCUAGCUUGACUGCAAUACAACUUUUGUUUCUAUUUUGCCGGGAACACUUCUUGAACAGAAAAGUGUGAGAAUGAAAGUAUGGUUAGGAUUCUUGAUCCCAGCGACUCACGACUUUGUGGCGGCGGCGCAACAAUCCUUCUCCCUGGCUGUCAGUGUCCCACCACAGCAGUUGGAAAAAUGGCAAGCGGAAGAGGAAAGACUAAAGAUGUGAUGGUCACCAAUGAACAGCUAGCACAAGUUGAGUAUGAACUAGCUAGAAACAGGAUGGUGGAAGAAAAUGAGGAAAGGAUGGCACGCCUAGGUAUACACCGGGCAAGUGUUGCAUUUAAAGAUGCCUGCGAAGGAAGCCGACCCCCAAAACAGAAAAAAAGAAAGACACCCUCCUCAACACUUGAAAAUACAACUGAAAGACGUGUUUUGAGGUCCAGGGGAGCAAAUGAAAGUGGUAAUGCAAAUCCUACAGACCAACCUUCCAAAGAGAUCACUACCAAGCUUGUUGAUGGUGAGAAAGGUGGGCGAACGAUAACUAAAAAGGCCAACAUAUAUGCAAGGAUGAAUAAGACGAAAAUCAAAAUUCCAUUCAAUGAGUAUGGCCAACCAAUUGGGCCAGAUGCAACUGAAUUUGCCAAUUUCAUUGGCACUCUGGUCAGGAAGCAUAUACCACCAAAAGCUAUAGAUUGGAGAGAUGUUGAUGAAGAAACAAAGUUGCUAGUGUGGGAUCACUUACAGGGAUUUUAUGAGCUGGACUCAAUCGCUCUCAAAUAUGUCAUUAACACUUCACAGAGAAAAUGGAAGGAAUGGAAGGCAGAUUUAAAGAAGACAAAGUUUGAUCCUGAAUUGACUGACGAAGAGCUUAUGCCUAGAUGUGAUGAUAGAAUUAGCGAAGCUGAUUGGAAGGACCUUCUUAAAUAUUGGAGAUCUCCUGAAUUCGAAGCUCGCAGUUCUACAGCCAAAGAAAAUCGCGCCAAGUCAACCGUGCCUCAUACAGCUGGCAGCAAGAGUCAUGCCCGUGUUGCCCAAGAAAUGGCUGAUGAACUUGGGUAUGCCCCUCGGAGAGACGAAGUGUUCAUCAGAACACACACGCUCAAGAAAGGACCAAACAAAGGACAACACGUGCCAGAGGCAGCUCCAGUUAUUAGUGAACUCCUACGGGCAGCUAAUGUCCACCCUGACUGGAAGGAAAAGAGUUUGAAAGAAGGUGAUCUGUUUGCACGAGUUGUUGGAAUGAAAGAGCCAAGGGGUCGUGUUCGUGUGUUAGGUCUAGGGCCAACACCUCAAGAUGUGGGCACACCGGAUACACGGGGUAAAGUGAGCACAAGGGUUCUAGUUGAAAUGGUAGCACGUCGAGAAGCUGAACACCGCAUGAGCACUUUGGAGGAGCAGAUGCAACAAAUGCAGCAACAAAUGAUCAAAAUGCAAGAAAUGAUGGCAGCUUCAAAAGGAGGGCAUAAUUUGGAGGCUCCUAGCUUGCAACAUGGUUCUAGUUCUCGACAAAACUCAAUAGAUGAAAUUGAGGAAGAAAUUGAUGGCGAAGAUGGCGAUGAAGAGGACGGUGAAGAUGACAAUGUUCAGAGAAGGAAAUUUGUUGCAAAUCCAAGAAACUCUUCAACCCAGCAAGAUGAAAGCCUUAUUGGGAUGGAUGUGCUUCUCUAUGCAUGGACUGGUCCUGAAACUCCUGUUGCUAAGGCAACAGUUCUCUCAGUCGAUCCAGACACAACUGUGGGUGGGGAGCCCCUUGGACCUGGUACUUAUGAGGUUAUUGUGAAUGUUGCCAUUAAAAGGGAUACUAUUCUUCCAUAUCAGUACGAGGACUUACUAUACAUUAGGGAUGCUGUCACAAGGUCCAUUGCAUGGCCAUCUAGCAAGAUGAAGCCCUACAAACCAGCUGUGUCUGGCUCAUCUCGCCACUGAGAUUUUUCAGUUCAAAAUCAGUUUCGAAGACAUCAACUGAAGAUGAUGUGAGUAAAACUUCUAUACUUG